CCCCCGGAAGUCUCCAAAUCUCAAAUCAAGACGCUAGGAGAAUAAGUACGUCGCGCGCGAACAAGGAGAUACCAGUCUAUCGACACCAUGGCGGACAACUACAUACUAUCCGUCACGGCUGGACCCAACUAUACCGAUCAGAGUCCCAUCUCCGUGAACUCGGAAGAGGCCACCAAUAUCACCUCCGAGCAUCUCACCGCAUCUCUACGCAUACGUGUUCAGAAUUAUCGCGGACUUCCACAAAGCGCGCCCAAGACUUCUCCAUAUUUCUCCGAUUCCAAGCAUACUCAUGAUCUCUACUCGCUCGCCUUCACUUUCACGCCAAAGAAAGAUCUGAAUGGCCAUGAUGUAGUCUUCGGAAAUGACUUUGACCAUCCGAUUCGCGACAAGCUACCGCCAGGCUUCAACCAAGCGUUCAAGAUUGCCACAUGGUUCAUCGAUCCGGGAUUGUAUGGAGACGUUCAGGCGGACGAGCCGUACUUAUACGGACCGCUCCUGAGCUCCAUCAACACAUUACGGAUUGGUCCUAGAGACGACGGUGAGCAGGAGAAAGUGGAGGAGAAGCGAGCGAAUGAGGAUGUCUUGGUGUUUGAAGAAGGCGCAGAUGGAGAUGGAAAGGAAGUGCGAGCCGCGCAGAAAAUCCCAGAUCAAGGACCCGCAAGACAAAAGUUCUUUUUGACCGAGCAGCAUUUGAAAGACUUUACGUUUGAAAAGGGACGGGAGUAUUCCAACGAUUUCUUCAACCCAUAUCUGGACUUCAACGACUUUGCGCUGAGAUUGCCUGGUUCGCACUCCAUCAGAUACGUGCUCAAAAACCGCGCCACCGACGAGCCGCUCUUCGUCGUCGUCUUCACCCUUCUUCCGAAGGACGACAAAGCUGCAAAGCAAGUCGAGCCGGCAGAGGCAGCCAAGAAGGAGGCGCAUGUCGGCGCUCCAGGAGAUGACCUUGACUAG